AUGAAGACAUUCUACAUCAAAGAGGCCUUGUUCUCGUCUGUUGUCAAAGAACAUAGUGUCUCACUCUCUGCUGCAGCAAAAGCUAUUGAAGCCUCUACUUCACAGCGUCAACAAGCCGCACUUACUGUUGAUGCUUCUACUAAAGAGUGUAAGGAAGCGACCGCAAAAGUCAGUAAACCAGUUUCUGAAGCUCAAUUGUUUUUAGAUUCCUUGCAGGCUGCUGCUCAGAAGAACGCUCAAACCGUUAACGCUUCGGUGGAUAAUCUUCAGCGGUCUCUUCAGUCUGAUAGAUCCAAACUUGAAGCUACACACCAAGCGAUUGAAGCCGCAAACGCCUCUCUACAUGCUAAUGUCAAUGAUCGUCUCAGUCAACUUGAAGCUGAAUUAGCUGUAGAGAAUCGCAUCAUGGAUGAGCUUGACAGGCGAACCUCUCAGCUGAAAAUGCAAAACUACUAG